AUGGUCAGUCUUCGCGCCCUCACCUUCGCCCUCGCGCUGGCCUCCAGCGCACUCGUCGCAGCCAAGCCGACCGCAGACGGCCAGUGUGACAGUGACAACAUGUGCGACAAGUCUUCGCCGUGCUGCUCCUCGGCUGGCUACUGCGGCAAAGGCUCCGGGUACUGCUUGGCCGGAUGCAACCCGUACGGCUCGUUCGCAUUCAACUCGUGCGCGGCGAUGCCGCGCUGCAAGUCGCAGCACAUCUCGUUCAAGAAUAGUGCCACGCCAUGGGUCGCGCUUGACUCAUACAAUGGCAACCCAGCGACCGCCCCACUAACGCUCGACAGCGGCACGCUCCACGCGGGCGCGGCGGGGGCGAGACUGCGCGUGACGAAGAAUGGCGACGCCGCGGGAGGUACAAUGCUGUCGACGACCCGGUACAUGUACUACGGCUCCGUGACGGCUCGCAUGCGCCACGACGCGCAGAACGGCAUCGUCAAUGCGCUCACGCUGAUGAGCCCGACAGGUGACGAGGUCGAUAUUGAGAUGACGACAAGCUCGCCGCAGAGCUACCAGACCACCUGGUUCUGGAACGUCGUCGAGGAGGGUUGGACGUGGCCGGGCAACGGGAUGCAAACCCCGGCCUACUUGCCCGCUGGCUUUGACGGCCGCGACUGGCACGACUACACGAUUCAGUGGACGCCAACGUCGCUAACAUGGAAGCUUGACGACAGCGUCAUCCGCGUCGCACAGCGCAGCAACUCCUUCAAAAACGGCGUCUACCAGUACCCCGCGACGCCGUCGCGCGUCCAGAUCUCCAUCUGGAACGCCGCGCUCGCCGCGCCAAGCACCAAGGCCUGGGCCGGCGGCGAUCCAGACUGGAGCCAGGCGAACAAGGCGGGCGCCUUCAACAUCCACAUCGCCAGCCUCAACAUCACGUGCGCCGACCCGAGCAGCCUGAGUAACGGCCAAGCGUACGAUUUCUCCACCGCGAUCGACAGUCAGUCCGGUGAGCCGAAAGUCAUCACUACCAAUCGCAAAACGACGGUGUAA